AUGGACCAUUAUUACCGAAACCUUGAAUUUGUGGACGAUGUGGUCGUUUCUCCGGUGUUCACGAGACAAAAGAUCACCGGAAAAAACGGUGGAAAUGAGUCCAUCAAAGUCAUCUUGGUUGAUGCCGAUACACACGAAGAAAUCACCACAAGGCCGAUGGCCUUCUCGAAGGUGAAGAUAGUUCUACUUCGUGGAAAUUAUGAUGGCACCACCAUGGAAGAUGGCGAGUUCGAGAAAAACAUCGUGGUCAACUGGGGGAAAAAGAAAAAUAUUCUUGUUGGUGAUGUUUAUGUUCAUCUUCAACAUGGAACUGGAACAAUCGGUGUAAUUCGAAUCCAACACGAUAAAAAUCCUAUAAGAAAUGUUGAAUUCCGAUUGGGAGCAAUGGUUGUCGAUUCAUCAUGUCCCUAUGAGGUCAAACAGGCUAUAACACAAUCUUUUAAAGUCAAGGAUCGUCGAAAUGCUCCAAAGUCCUUCAGAUCAUUGUCUCCAACAGACAAGGUGUGGCAGCUGAAGAAUAUCAGUAAAAAUGGCGUCAUCCAUAAGCAUCUGGAGAGAGCAAACGUCUAUAACGUGAACGCUUUUCUCGAUAUGUAUUAUUCCAAUCCUCAAGCCCUCCAAGAGAUAUGUCGUGUCAAAGGCAAAAACUGGGAGACAACUGGUAAUGCAAAUUAUAAUGUCUCGAGACGACUUGAAUCCACCUCUCAAGGAUCGAACAUUCCAUCAUCCUUUGAUAAUGAUUGUUAUUUUCCGCAGCUUUAUGAAAACGAUUCUUUUGAUCAUGGUAAAGAGAUGAUUAUGGAUAAUAAUCUUUCGAUCCAUGAUCUUGAAUAA